AUGUCAACGAAUUACGCACAUCGCAUAUUUCGAGUUCUGAUUCUUCUCUCACUCAGCGCCGCGUUACUGCGAGGCGAGGCAGCUUCCGCAAGAAAGCUCAGCUUAUUAGGACGCAAAACUACGGUGCGUGUGUACAACAACCUUGGAGAAAACAUCAACCUCAACCUACGUUGUAAAUCGAAAGAUAACGAUUUCGGCCCCCACUUGCUACAAAACGGGGAUCACUUUCAGUGGAAGUUCCGUCCGAAUUUCUGGGGGACAACGCUGUUUUCGUGCAACAUGCAAUGGAAAAACGUGACGGGGGGUUUUAAUAUUUACGAGGACGCAAGAGAUUCCGACAGGUGCGUGAACUGUGUGUGGAGAGUGACCGAGGAUGGUGUGAGAGGGUAUAAUAAGGAUGAGAAUGGUGUCGAACAAAUCUGGUUCCGAUGGGUUCCGAAACCCCCGCCAAAUUCAUUUUCUUACAACGUUAGUAUUAAUUUAUCUUAA